AUGAAUGGGUGGAUAUUUUUGACUGUUAUUUGUUUGGCUUUUGGACAAUUAACCCAUUCAUGGCCAGCACAAGAUCAACAUUUUCGACUCCGUACAGCAUUAGGCAGAGCUGAAGCAAUAGAUGAGUCAUGGCGCAACUUUAGGCAAAAACUAAAAUCAAUUAGAAACAACAACGAAGUUAAUGAUGAUCUUAAUUUUGUCCAUAAUUUCAAACGUAGAGGUCCCAACAACGAUUAUGAAAAAGAGGUAUUCGAGCUAACGAAUAAAGCACGUCAACAAGGUCGCUACUGUGGUUCGACUUGGUAUCCUGCUACAACAGAACUUAAAUGGAAUGAUGAAUUAGGCGAUGCCGCACGGGGACACGCUGAGAACAUGAUUGAUAAUGACUAUUUUUCUCAUACAGAUAUAGAUGGAAGUAAUUUUGUGGAUCGCGAAGAAGCUGCAGGCUAUCCGAGGAAUUGUGCCGCUGCCGAAAAUAUUGCUAGCAAUGAAACUCCUCAGGCGACAGUCGAUGCAUUCAUCGAAAGCCCUGGACACUGUGUCAAUAUUAUGAACAAAAACUCUAAGGCAAUUGGCAUUGGAUAUGCGGAAGGUGGUCCUGAUGGCGGCUAUUGGGUUCAAGAUUUUGGUAGAUGCUAA